UUUGCAGAUCAGUGAGAGAUAACAAGAGACAACCUGAUACAGUUUGAGCCUAAGUUUGAGGCGUUUCAUCACACGUCAAGUUGGCGGCUGACAAGAUAUCAGAUAUUAGAGAUCUAAGGUGGAGAGUUUAUCUGUACAAAUAAACACCAGCAGAGGGAAGAUACUUCUGCAGCCAGUCUGCGCUGUCGUCGCCUCCCUGUCCUCUCUCCUCUCCUCUCUCCUCUCCUCUCUCCCCUCCUGCGCCUGAGAGACAGACACAAACCAGUCCGACUCGUCCAGUGGUGCAGACAUGGCAGAAGACCGGACAGACACGACGCCCGAGGCGAGCGACUCCACUUCGGAUUUGGACUCGUUUCAGGACCACGGGUGUCAGAUCUCCAAGAGACACGCGCGCGUCACCGUCAAGUACAACAGGAAAGAGCUGCAGAGGAGACUGGACGUGGAGAAGUGGAUCGACGAGCGUCUGGACGCACUGUACGCGGGACAGCAGGCUGACAUGCCAGAGGAGGUGAACAUCGAUGACUUGAUUGACCUGCCUAACGAUGAGGAGAGGGUGAAAAAGUUACAGGAGCUUCUUCAGAAGUGCAGUAACAACACAGAGACCUUCAUCUACGAGCUGAUGGGGAAGCUGGAGGGCGUUCACAAGCAGGACGAGCUGCAGAGCAAAGGCAUUGAGCAUCCGGUCAUCUGUCACAGCCACUACCGCCACGAGCCGUACCACUUCAACAACCCACAACAGCACCACUACCACCACCACCACCACACUCGAGGCCAAAACCAGACCCUCUGACCCUCACACACACACACACACACACACACACACACACAGAAGAUCAGUACCAUUCUGAUAUCUGUCUCCUAAAGUCGGGGGGGGGGGGGGUCCACGCUGUUUUUACUACACGGACUAGACAGCAGUUGUCGUUCAUGGAGCAGUAGGGAAGAGAGAGUUCUCUACUACUAAUGUUACUUAUCUUCAGAAAAAUAAACCAUAGUAAAAGCAUUAUUCAACAUUGACCAUUGUACAAGACAUGGGGAACUCGAUAAUUAAAGGUCCAGUACGUAAGAUUCAUAAGCUUCAGUGACAUGAGACUGCAGAGCGAGAGAGAGAGAGGACUCCAUCGCUCAAAUCUCCCUUUCCCAAGUGCACUGGGGGACCUACGGUGGCCUUAACAUGCCAAAAAGGAUGUAAAGUCUCUUCCACUCUCUCUGCCAAUUUCCUCCUCCUUCCUCUUUUGUUUAUGCAUCAGGUUAUGUGGACUGAACCACCCUUCUUCUUCAUUUGCAAUAAUAACAUCUUCAAUAACCUUUUAAUAAGCUUCCGACGACUCAUCCAUUCAGGCUGCCAUUGUGUGGUCAAAUAGCAGCCUCCAUAAAUCGUGGCUCUUGUCUAAAGUGGCUGUAAAAGUCUCAUCUGGAGACUGAAAACCAAACGAUUUAUAUUUGAAAGUGAUUAUACACUUAGAUAUGAGUAUUUUUAAUUUCUGCCAAAAGAGUAAUAUAAACAGUGUGUUUGGUUGCUCUGGUUUGGCACUUUUAUUCAAAUAGAAAUCUUUUUUUAUCCAUUUUUACAUGUCUAUGCUGUGCAUGAAAUGCAGCUUACAUGUGACAUAUUCGUAAGUAUUAUUUAGUCCUCUCUGGUCUCCUAUCAACUUUUCUCUUUAUUAGAAUUAGUUAUUUCUGCACCAAUUAGUGAUCAUGAAUUUGACCUCUGCAUGUAACCCAUCAUUUUUACAUGAAAGUAGUAAACACGUACAAAGGCACAACCAACGACAACCUUCUGGUUAAAAGCCCAAUUUUUUGUCCUCUUGUGCAUCAGCUUACCUCAUUGAUAAUCAUACUGAAAAUGUUAUUUGUCCUGGUAAAAAUCAACAGUCGACACAUUAUCUUCUUUAGAACCACAGCUAGCAGUUCUGUAUAUUGUGAGGGUUCAUCAAACAUUAAUUAGUGAAGUUAGAUUUCCUAUUAGGGGAAUUUUAUUAGGCUUGUUUGGCAGUUUUCGUCCCAAUGCUAAGCUAACAGUCUUUUACCUGACGGACAGAUAUUAUUGAUAAGACAUGAGUGGUGUCACUCUUCUAGACUAUAUAAUGUAUAUAUAAUGUUUAGCAUGAGCAAAACAAUGUAGAGUUGUUAAUAGAAAUGCACAAGUCUAGUAUUGUACCUAACUAGUAACCACCAUCAGCACCACACAAGAUAUAACCUCAUGUAUUUUAGUUUAGUUAGAUGGAGUUUAGGUUACAAAGGUGUUGUUGUCUUAUACAGAAAUAAACAAUGUAUUGUUGCAAUGAAA